GGUUUAGGAGACCGUAGCAUAUUAUGCUAUGUUUACCGCGGAGUAAACAACCACCAAAAAAAAGGGUGUGUGUGUGGGUGUGUUUGUGUGAUUUAUUGCGAGGAAGCUGAAGAAACAAGCCUAUCCGCGCCUCCUUAGUAGAGCGCGGAAUGUCUCCAAGCUGCCAUUUUGACAAGCGGGCUCUCGCUCACCGGGAGAAAGGGUGGAAUGCAGCGUGAUCCGCUCUACGUCUCUCGGGCACUUCGCGUUUUGCAGGCUGGGGCGCGCGCUUAGAGGCGCAUCUUGAGGGGAAAAAGGGAGGGAGUGACGGCGAGGCUCUUCCCCGCAAUGUUGUCUCGAGCGGUCGCCCGCUGCCCUGCAAGCGUGAAGUGGUGACCCCCCAAAGAAGGGUGUUGCCCUCCCCCUCCUUCCCUCCCUAACCUCCCACCCCCAGCAUAUUGAUCUUGCCCAGGGCGACUGCUAGUCGAGGAACAGCCACACCAGCGGCGGAGGGCGAGCGAGCGAGCGAGCAGGUGUGCAAUUCACGACGGGCUCUGCCUUGCAGGCUUGGGGGGCGGGGAGCCACUCAGGUUGGUGUGCAGUGCACUUCCUAUUUAACAAAUUGCUGGGUUGGGAGCAUCUGGCUUGAGGAUUUAGUCAAAGAAAGCCCGCUGCUGUUCAUGCGCGUCUGAACCUCUCUGGGAGCAAGGUUCUUGUUCUUCAGUUAAACUUAGACCUCUAGAGGAACUAAGCAUUAAGAGAAGACCGGGUUAACAAGAUCUGGAUGUACAAGAACAAGAAUACUAAUAUCUCCGACAUUUCAAAAACAGGAAGACUCGUCUGACUGGCAAGCUGAAGACUUCAGUAGCAAACCUCCCAGAAUCACAAUGAACACAGGUACACCCAAGUGAUUUUUCAAAUACUGGAAAGCACAUGCUAAAUCUCUUUGGCUGGUGUAUUCUUUGGAAUGGCAGUAUUAAUUAACAACAGCUUCCUCAACCUUUUGGACUUGAUUCCCAUUCACCAGACUCAGCUUGGAGAUCAUUUAACAUUGGAAGUAGAGAGACACUGAAUGGAGACACUAGCAGCUCCUCUCUUGCAGCGAAAGGCUUUCGAAGUGUCCGGCCAAACCUACAAGAAAAGAAAUCACCAACUCAGCAAAUGCCUGAGCCUGGUGGUGCCUCAGCAGUUCCAUGGAGGUCUGCCUCACCUGUCCGUAACCCCGUGCCUGAGAUACACAAAGCAUCUCUCUCCAUUCAGAUAGCCCCCAUCACUGAUUGUAAAGCAGCACCUGAAUGCCAACAUCAUCCAUCUAGAUUUUCUCCAGACCCUUCAAAGAUGCUACCAGAAAAUAUGCAACAAAUGUCUGAUGCUGCGGCUGCGCAAUACCAUGUGCUUGGAAACCAGAAAGUGACUGCCAAUGUGAUGGAGGUAAAUGCUUCCCAGACACACAGACAAACGUCAGCUGAAGCUGCACCGUUGCCUCCCUCACCACCACCACCUCCUCCUCCUCCUCUUCCCAUGGUUCCGGUUCACCAGCCCUCUCUCUCACCUGACAGUGGCACCCAUGCAACUUCAUGUCCUUUACCACCAUGUGAUGAUUUCUGGCCGUCACACAUUUAUAGAACCCCGGCCCUUUCACCGUUCUCCUAUACAUACCCCUUCCUUCUACCUGACACUCUGCUCCACAAGACUGAAACUGACUCUAUUGUGUCAGCCAUGAGUGAGUUCUCCUCUCAGCCAGUGAGCGAGUUCUCCGCUGCCAUGCUAGAUGAGCUACAAAGCUGUAACUAUGAUACUACUGACUGUUCUGAAACACCUUCCCCAACCUUGAGCCAGACGUCUGCUGCGUCUGAUGGCACCACCUUAACCUCCACUGCUGCCAGCUCUCAUGCUCAGAUAACAGUGAAUGGGAAUUCUAGCUUGGCAACCAGCCCAAUGAGUUACUUUCAAAGGCCUUUCUCCCCUUCUUUGGCCUACUCUCCACCAGUCUCAUUCACUUCAAGCUCCUCUCUCCUGCAACAGAGCAGGACAAUGGAAUCCACAGAGAUGUACUCACAGCAUGCACACUCUGUUGGUGGCGGUGACAGCAGCAGCAGCACGACCACCACCACCAUACCGAUCUGUAGGACUUCAGAGGAAGAAAAGAAAGUCACAGUCAUUAAAGCACCACAUUAUGCAGGAAUUGGGCCAGUUGAUGAAUCAGGAAUUCCAACGGCAAUUAGAACGACUGUUGACAGGCCAAAGGAUUGGUAUAAGACAAUGUUUAAGCAAAUCCAUAUGGUUCAUAAACCCGAUGAUGACACUGACAUGUAUAAUACUUCAUAUUCAUAUAAUACUGGUAACUUCAGUCCAUCAUUUUCUGCUCAAGCACAUCCUGUUGCAAAGACUCAGACAUACAGGCCACUGACAAAAAGUACUUCUGACAAUGGCACUGAAGCCUUUAAAGUCUCUUCACCUCCACCACCUCCAGUACCACCUGUUCGUCCUUGGCAAAGAUCUGCCCCAGAAAAAAAUGAGUGGGAGCCUCCCGAUAGAAAAGUAGAUACCCGCAAAUUCCGUUCAGAACCAAGAAGCAUUUUUGAAUAUGAACCAGGAAAGUCUUCAAUCCUUGAACAUGAAAGACCAACUGAUCGCAUAAAUCCAGAUGACAUAGAUUUAGAAAAUGAACCCUGGUAUAAAUUCUUUUCAGAACUGGAGUUUGGACGUCCGCCUCCUAAAAAGCUUUUGGAUUAUGUUCAAGACAAUCCUCCAGGUCUUUCCAAAGAGACAUCUUUAUACUACAAUCCAGCAGACAGACGUGUGGAUAGACCUUCUAGUUCUGCAAGUACUUCAAGUGAUUACAGAAAACGAAGGAAGUCAGAGCCUGCAGUAACUCAGCAAAAAGUCCACACUGAUCAGAAUGUAAAUCGAUACACUCUUGCUCGUACGGAUACACAGAGCACCUAUUCAACCCUUAGGAAGCCUGUUACCACCUCUUCUCCAUCGUCUCCAUCAAGAGCAAAAGGUGGGGAUAUUAGCAAAAUAUAUUCAUCCCUUUCCAGUUAUUCAGUCCCCAACCAGAACACCUCAAAUGAUUUAGAUUAUGGUAAAAAUUAUGGGCAGCGAUUAGCUGUUCCAGGUGAUUCAAGAAGAGCCAUCAGCUACAAGAAUGGCUGGCAAAUGGCCCGUCAGAAUGCAGAAGUCUGGAGUAGCACCGAAGAGACUUCCUCUCCCAAACGCAAAUCUCGCAGCUACGAUGACCUAUUAGCUGAUGAUCAUUGUUGCUUCUCUGAUACACAGAAUAAAUCUGAAAGCAUGGUGUCUCUGUUGUGUGCAGACAAUUCCAAAGGUGAUUCUUCCCUUACCUGGGCUUCCCCAUAUUCCUCUGAAACUCAUGGUUCCAAUCGGUCAAGGGCACAUCUUAGGUCUGCCCAUGAUGCUCCAGGAUUCCUAAAACUGUAUAAAAGAAUGCACCGCAUUAACCGCAAAGACUUGCUUAAUUCCGAGGUGAUCUGUUCUGUAAAAUCCAGAGUACUACAGUAUGAAAAGGAACAGCAUAAGAGCUUGCUACAUGGUUGGAAAGAAUCCUCCACAGAGGAAGUACCAAGAGACAUGGUGCCCAAUAGAAUAUCUGAAUUUGAAAAAUUAAUUCAGAAAUCUAAAUCAAUGCCAAAUUUAGGGGAAGAAGCAUUAUCAGCUGUAAGCUUCCUGGAACCCCCUAAAAAUGGCUUUUGUACAAUGAGACGGUUUUCUAUUGAAUCCUUGCUGGAUGAAGAAAAUCAAAAUAGGUACACUGCUCAGGUGGAAAAGAAUUACAAGUCCAACACUCUGGUGCCAAUUCACAUUGAAGUAACUAGCGAGGAACCACAAAGAUCUCAGAUGGACUAUUCAGACAGUGACCAAGAUGGAGUGGUCUCUGACAUGAGUGACUUCAUACAGAUAGAAGGCUCAUCUUUUUGUAGUGAAAGUGAUUUUGAUCACUUCUCCUUCACAUCCUCAGAAAGCUUUUAUGGAUCAGGACAUCACCACCAUCACAAGCAUCUUAUCAGCUCCUGCAAAGGAAGAUGUCCAGCCUCAUACACACGCUUCACCACCAUGCUGAAGCAUGCAAGGGCUAAACAGGAAACUACCCCAGAAGACCCUAAGCGACAAGAUUCCGAUGCUGGCCUCUCUAAAAUAGCCUUCCUAGUCAGCCCAGUGCCUUUCCGGAGGAAAAAAAACACACUCCCCAAAAAGCAGGCUGAAAAGACGAAAUGCAAAUCAUCUGUCUUUGACGCCCUGGACUCCGCCCUUAAAGAUAUCUGUGACCAAAUCAAAGCAGAGAAAAGAAGGGGAAGCUUGCCUGACAAUAGCAUAUUGCACAGACUUAUUUCUGAAUUGCUUCCAGACAUUCCUGAAAGGAAUUCCUCCCUUAAAGUUUUUAGAAAAAGUCCCAUACGCCAGCCUUUGCAUCCACUGCCUCACGAUGGUGCUAUUCACUGUCCGUUGUACCAGAAUGAAUGCAGAAGUUUGCCUCUCAGUGCCUCUUAUCAAGACAUGGAUGCUACCAACAGCAGCAACCAGGAAUAUGAUAAUGCACUGUGUUUCCAAGUAGACCAGGAAUCUCCUGGAAAUUAUUCUUCUGCUUUCACUGAUGUGAGUCGAUGUAUUCCAAAAGAAAGAAGAGGAACUCCAGACAGAGAGAGACUGCCAGCUAGAGCAGUAUAUGACUUUAAGGCUCAAACUUCUAAAGAGCUACCCUUUAAGAAAGGAGACACUGUCUAUAUCCUCAGGAAAGUGGAUCAAAACUGGUAUGAGGGCGAACACUACGGAAGAGUUGGGAUUUUUCCCAUUUCUUAUGUUGAGAAACUUAUUCCCCCAGAAAAAGCACAGCCAGCAAGACCACCACCUCCAGCACACGUGGCCGAGAUUGGAGAAGCUAUUGCAAAAUAUAAUUUCAAUGCAGAUACAAAUGUGGAACUUUCAUUGAGAAAGGGAGACAAAAUCAUUCUUCUUAGACGGGUUGAUCAAAACUGGUAUGAAGGCAAGCUACUGGGAACAAAUAAGCAAGGAAUCUUCCCAGUAUCCUAUGUAGAAGUCAAAAAGAGCAUGGCCAGAGGAGAAAAUGAAUAUCCUGUUCCUCCAAUACCCCAGAGUUACUCAAGUGACAAAAUCCACCAUUCAGCUAAGUGGGAUUCCAAAGCACCACCCCCUCCUCCCAGAUACAGAUCCUCUUCUUAUCCAGAUUCUAAUAAAAGACAUCUUCAGGCCAUCACUGAUGAAUGGUUGUCACUGACUCUUGGCUUUUCACCUUCAAGCACACCUUCCCCUCCUCCUCCUCCUCCUCCUUUUCCUAAAAGCUUUCUUUCUGGUUUAGAGGAAUUCGACUCUCUACCUUUAGCAGGUUUAGAGAAGACAGGGUACCUCUCAGAUAAUAUCACUCCUCAAAUAAAGCAUGGCCAUACUGUUCCAGUUCCCUCAUCAAAGGCCUCCCAUGUGUUCCCUGAAUCUUCGCCCAAGCCACUUUCUUCAUCUACAUGCAUAUCAUCACCUCCUCCAGCAACCCAUUUUCAUGACCACGGACAUAAGCUUGAGUGGAACCAUUUCAAAGGGAUGAAAGGAAUCCCCACCGUCAAGGAAAAGAAAAGCCCCUCAAACCCUGUUCCAGAAAUGCAAAAUAUAGCAGGCCAUGCCCUUGCCCUCGCCAAAGAAGACUCGUUAUCCAAAACACUAAAGGAAGUUGGCAAACAGGAGGAACUCUGUGAGGAGCUGCUGUCAAUCAUUCAAGGGGAGCAGUCAAAAAAUAAAGAUUUAAGUUUCUACAGUCGUGCCCCUGAGAUGCCUGAAGAAUUGGCAAGACUUCAUAUAGAGGAAGAGCCAAACCUUGACCAUUUAGAGUCACCAAUGGCAAAUAAGAGACAGCCUAUGAUAACUUUUGAAGGCAACAGUUCAGCAGAUACUAAAAAAGAGCCACAGCGCCCUGUGUUUGCUCAUGACAGUGGGGGGGAACCGUUUCAGGUUCUGUAUAACUAUACUCCUAGGAACGAAGAUGAAUUGGAGCUGAGAGAGGGAGAUGUCAUUGAUGUGAUGGAAAAAUGUGAUGAUGGAUGGUUUGUGGGAACCUCCAGAAGAACAAAAUUUUUUGGUACUUUCCCUGGAAACUAUGUCAAGAGGCUGUGAAAUGAUUAUUUGAUUUUGUUCCUUUCUUAUUUAUGCUGCAUCUCUGCCACACAUCUGCAUAAAAAGUGCUAGAAAACAUCCUCCACCAGCCUUCAGUUUUCCUGCUUUGCAAAUCCAGGUAGAAAUCAUGCCGCUCAUCUUCACCAUCUUCAUCCCAUCUGCCAGCCAGCAGUAUUAUUCAACAGCUAAAAUGGAAUCCCUGAGCUUUUGUGAAACAAGAGGAAUUAGUUCUAUGCGAAAUACAUCUUUUUAUGCCUUUAAUUUUUGUCUGGCAAUGCCAAUUUGGAAAGCGCAUAUAAAAAGCUUAAUGGAAGAAAUAGCAUGGCACUUCAAAAUGUUACCAGUUAUUUGGGGGAAAUUGCAAUAGUAUCCAUAUGAAAAAAAAUAUCUAUUAUCACCUAAUAUAUAGAACAGGUUGCAAUUUACUACAUUUUAAUGGGUUUCCUUUCCUUUUUUUUUUUUUUGAGUUAUCACGUUUGUAGCUCAGCAAAUGUAUGUUGCUGUCAGUUUGCUGUGUCACAAGUUUGCCUCUUCUUUUACCCAUUUGCAAGAUACAAUUAGUACUAAAAAUAUUUUUUUUUCCAAAUGUAUAUUGCAAUAUCUGCAAACGCCUGUAAAAAAUUAAGCAAAAAUAAUCAAAAGGAGUAUUGAUGCUAGAAUACUUCAUUAAGCCAUGAUUUCCAGUUGUAUCUCAUAAGACAUUUUAUUAGAAUUGGGCCAGUGAGGGUCAUACAUUAGUUAAAAAAUUUUUUCCAAAACAGUAAGAGCUUUAGACAUGAAUUUAGUAAGUACAGAAGCAUGAAUUAGAUUUCCUGCACCUGCAUGUAUUAAUAUAUAAAGUACAAAAACUUGCAUCUCUUUGUAGGAAGCAUCAGAAGCUUCCAACACAGUGAUGUCUCAAUAGGGGAAAUGUAUCAUAUGCUAUUGAUAUAUGCAACUACAGGAAACUUGAGUUGGAUGUACUUUCUAUGUUCAUGUAAUUAAUGUCUUAAAUUAAGUGGAGAGACAUGUGUGCAUGUCUCUACAGGAUGAAAUGGAUGGUUCUAGUGUAGUUACAACAUACAUAUCUCUCUAGAGGAAAAGAGGGAGUACUAUCAUAUGUGUAAGUACAGCCUGUAUCCUGUACUUACACCUAUUUUUAACUCCUGGAACUCAUAGAAAGGAAAUUAUGUCUGCUAUUUGAUAUUAGGAAAGUUCAGAAAUACUGGAAAAUCAUGAAUCAUUAUGAAGCAAACUAACAAUGAAUAAAUAUCUGCUUUAUAAAAAUGUGUUGGAAGUGCAAUAGAGUAUGUAAAGUCUAAUUCAUUUAUUACAUGAAAAUUCAGUAAUGAAAGAGCAAUGUUUAUAUUCUGUUUGAUUGUAGCACAGUCACAGUAGAGUUGGGGAAAUCUACACAAAGUAUUAUAUGAUGCUAUUUUUUGGCUAGUUGACCGGAACUGUAUUUUCUUUCUAGAAACAUAGCAUUAAAACAAGGACGCAAAAAGGAAAAUUAGUACAUGUGGAUGGAGUUUCAUUUUUGGAACAGUAUAAAAUAUUGAAGGCAAUAUUUUGUGUGCGUGUGUGUGUGUGCAAAUAUAGACAGCAGUAGCAGGUGAUAAAAACACAGGACUUAACAUAUCUAUGAUGUUAUGUAAAGCAGUCCAGGUUUGGUUUUGCUGGCACCUUACAAAAAGCAAAACAGAAAAUCUUUUACUGCAUUUCUAUUGUGGUAAAGGACAGAUCUCAUAAAUUUGUAGGCUUGUAGCAUUUUGUACAUAUAUUUCCUUUUUUUGUACAGAGCCAUUUUAUUGUUGAUUUUUUUUAGGGAAAAAAAUCAUGUUAAUCAACUCAUCCCUUUUCCAACAAUAAAAUCACCUCCUUAUUUCGUUAGUUUCUCCUCCAAAGUAUAAGCACACUUGGAUAGUGCAUUUCUGCUAAAUUAGCAACUGAAGCAAAAGUUUUAUGAAUAAUAUUAUGGUUUACCAGCCAAAUUUUUAAAGUGUAUAUAUAUGUUUAAUAUGGAAAAAUAUCAAUAGGAUGGCAAAAGAAACAUCUUUGUGCUGCGUACCUUUAUUACUGCAAAUUUCAUGGCAAAAGCUUGAUACUUCCAAGGCUUUUUACUAUAAACUAAAUGUGCAUGCAGCUUUGCUGUAAAAUCAGUAAUGAUUUUGAUGCCAUUUAUGAUGGAAGACUUGUCUAUCACCGGUAGUAUUUUAAAAAAUGCACUGUUUCUAUCCUGUAUCUGAUUUUAAUAGAAGAUGUUUUUCAUACCUGUUUUCAGGUAAUUGACUCUGAAUUCUUACUUGCAAAGGAUCUCUGUGUUUCUUUUUCCUUGAAGAGACUUCUAAUAAAAAUGGCUUGAAGUACA